AUGGCAGAACCGAGGCCAACAGCAGGUACCCCAGCAGCACCGCCCCGGAAGUUUCGCCAGGCUCAGGCCGACAGCGACUCAGACGAACAUGAAGAUGUUGAGAUUGAACUGGAGCUGCCACAGCACAAGAUCGAUGAAUUGCUGGCGCAACUCAAUGACCAGGACAGCAGCUUGAAGUUGGAGUUUCCUUUAGCCCACGUGGCCACCGUCGCCACCGUGGCCAGCGGCCAGCGGCGGCUGAGCUCGGUGGCACAGGUCUUGGGGAGUUCGCCCGCGCUGAAGGCUGCGGAGGAAUGGGAUCCCUUGGCGAAGCUUGCGCACUUCAAGGAGCUUCAGGCGCGCUACAGUGCCGUGAAGGAGCAGCGGGAGCGCGCCGAGAGCACUCAGCGCAUCCUGCAGCAGAUGCCCACGGCCGGCAGCGACGAGCCUCCCAGCGCCGGGUCGUGGGCCCCCGUGGCGGGUGCGGAGCCGGCCAUGCCCACGCCCCCGGAGUUUCCACCGGCGCAGGGCUUGCCGUUUCCCUUCUGCGGAGUGCCAGGCGUUUUAUCACCCAGGGCCAAGGCACCCCCAGAGACAGAGGGCGAUUUUACUGACGGCGCCCAUGCCUAUGACGCUGUGAAGGAGAUCUUGAAGGAGGAGGGCCCAUCCAUCCACACGCGCAUGACCAAGGCUGAUAUGCUGAUGGCUAAGGAUGGGAUGGACAUGACACUGAACCACCUGCGCACGACUGGGGCGCGAAUGAUCACCGAAGUCAAGGAACUGAACCGCAAGCUGGACGAAGCUAGCAACAUGGCCGAGAUCCGGGACUUGGCCGGCAACGACCCGGAGCUGCAGGACGAGCUCCUGGCACAACAGCGCAUGAUCCACGAACAGCAGCGCCUGGCCGACGAAGCACGAAUGGAGCUUGAAAUUGAGAAGGAGAGGACCUUCUGGCUGCGAAGAGAGAAGAUUCUGCAGCCCGAAGAGGUGGAUGAUUUCAAGUUGGAGGGGGAUCCAGUGGAGUACCCCCCCAAAGAGGCGGAGAUCCUGGGUGCCUCCCGGGCCUUGCCCAGCGGCGACUUCCCGGCCAUGCGCUACAUGACCCCCGAGCUGGCCGCAGAUGCGGCCGGAGCGUCCUCUGGGCCGAGGUCACGUUACCGGAUGGAGCUGCCAGCCUCCCGGGAAUAUCACCAGCGCGUGGCACACCAGGCCGCCACGCUGGGGUGGCCAUCCCCUGCGGAAGCCCUGCCUUUGGAGGGCGGCGGGUCUCCUUCGGACCGCAGUCCGCGCAGUCCGCGCGAAGCCCGGCGCUCGCCACGGUUCCAGGAACGGGGGACGCCCAUCAGCGAGCCGGACCCGCAACCGUCUCCCAGUCAAGCACCGCCAGAAUCACCCAGGAAUUUCUUCGCGGGCUUCGCGGAGAAGGUGGGCCAGACGCCAGAGAGCCGUGGCUUUGCCCAGCGCGGUCAACCGAGUUCGGAUGACUUCGAUUUCGAUUCCGAUGAAGGGUGGUCUGCCGUGGAUGCGCGUGGGAGGCCAUUGGCUGGGCAAUCUCUAGCUGCUGCGGCCUUCCGCAAGGGAGCGAAAGGGUUGGACGCGGAAGGGCGAAGACCCUUGGGGUUGGACAUGGUGCCACCUAUUGCAGCAUUUGCCGGAUUUCAAAGCAGGUCCGUUCAUGCAGCUGUGCAGCCACCGCCUUUCGCAGCCUUUGCUGGGGAUGGUGGCGGCGGGAUAGACUUCUUCGGCUCCUCGCAGCAGGAGCUCACGCGCUCCCCACGCAAGGCGAAGGAGGAAGAGGAGGAGGAAGAGGAAGAGGAGAGCGAAGGAUCCGAGGUUGACCUGGAUGCAGAGCCCCAGGAGUCCAGCUACUUUGGGGCCCUCCUCGGCACAUCCGCACCCAGCACGUCCAAGAGCCCGCCCUCCAUCGAUCCGCACGCGGAGUACAUGGCCGGCGCCUGCAUGGUGCGGGCGCCUGCGUUGGAAGUGCCAGACUUCAAAGGCUUUCGGAAGGAGGGCCUGAAGUCAGUGAAAGCUGCGUGCGACAUCUUGCUGAAACGGCGUCAAGAGGGUCGCCUGGGUGACCCUGAGACCGCCCGAACAGCUCUGGACUACGUGGUGGCUGUUUCCAUCAACGCACAGCCCGCCGCAGAAAAAGGGGACGCCUGGAAACACGUUGGAAUCAUCACAGAUAUCCUCCAUUUCUUCCCGCUCUGUGCGCACAUCCAUCUCUGGUCCCUAGAGGCUCUGAUGUCGCUUCUUCGCUACGAGGAGACCAACAAAGCCAACAGCCUGGCACGCCCGGUCUUUGAUUCGGUCACCAACCUCAUGUCCAUCCACCUGAAGGACACAGGUUUGAGGACGGCCACGCCCGAACUUCCCCAGCGAUUGCUGGCGUCCAUUGCCUUGUCCAUUACGCCCGACAACGUCAAGCGCCUCACCACGACGCAUGUGGAAUUUGCGUUGUCUUUGAUGAACGAGCCUGGAGUGAGCCCUUUGACGACAGAUCACGGCCUGCAGAUCGUGACGCUGGCGGCCAAGGCCCAGGUGGACCUCGGGGUGCAGGCGCGCGCCGCGCGCCUAGCGCUGCGCUGCUUCCGCGCCGAGCCGCGGUUGGUGCCGCGGGCGCUGCUGGCCUUGAGUACCCUCUACAUGGUGGCCCCCAAAAACGAGACCGCCGCUUCCAUCCUGGAGAGGGAACCCAAACCUUCGGACGAGAUUGAGGGUGAGGAUGACAUGGUUCCUGUGGGUUUUAGAGACAUCACCACCACCAUGGAUGUUUACGCCAAGGAUCGCAAAACGCAGGGAGCCGGCGCCCGCGCCCUGGAGAGCGCCCUGGCGGUGCCGGGCGUCAGCCUCGCCACGCUGGCGCGGGACGGGCUGCUGCGCAGCCUGACGCUGGCGCACCAACGCUGCCCCCAGAGCCGCUCCGUGGCGCUGUCGUUGUGCCGGGUCAUGGGGAAGGUGAUGCUCCAGGCCGAAGAGCAUCUGCCGCCCGAAGUCGGGAUCUCGGCGCUCUCCUGCGGCGCCGCGCUGCCGCGCGACGCGGAGGUGGUUGUCACAUCACUGGAAGCCGUGUACGUGUUAGCGCCAAAGCUGCGCAACCUGUGGGCGACGUCCAGCAACGCGGCAGAUCGCCUCAGCGUGCUGGCGGGCGACCUGGUCAGGUUGGGCGAGGUCAGGCACAAGGACCAGCACUGCGUGGGGAUGCUGCUGGUGAUCCUCACCACCUUGGCCAGUGAUGGACAUGGCCUGGGCUCUGGUGGCGUGGCGGGGGAGCGCUGGCGCACGGCCCUGGGCCGCGCAGCGGCGGUGGCAAUUCCGUUGCGCGUCUUCUUUGAGCACGCGGAGAAUGUGGACAUGGUGACUGCUGCUGGGAUCUGUUUGCGCUGCAUGACCUACGGCUCGGAGGAAACCUGCGGCCAUGCGGCCAGGGCCAGGGCGUGUCCCAUCCUGCUGAGCACCCUGCGGACCUACGCGGAUCAGCCCGCCACCGUGAGGGAACUGUUGGCGGCACUGGCCAACUGCGCCAGCAUGAAAUCCAUCAAGGAAGACUUUCAAUCGGGCCUUCCCCAAAGUGCCGAAGUGAUCUACCACGUCAUGGAGCAGUCGUCAGAUCGGGAACCUGACGUGCUGGCGCAAGGGUGCCGAGCCUUCGGGGCGUUGUAUGCCACGGCCAACAACGAGGUGAACCUUGGCUUGAAGCCUGGGGAGAAGAUGAAGACGGCCUCCAACCUGCAGUGGAGCCUCUGCGGCGUUAACGGAGUGAAGAGGGGAUGCAGACCCUCACAGCUUAGAAGCUAAGGAGCAAGCUGAACAACGCCAUCAUCAAAACGGUCAUUGGAAUCACAGUGAACAAAGGCGACGCCGUGGAGGGCAGCGCCUUUGAGGUCCUCGGCUCGUCACGUCAGCAGAAGUUGGAAGACACGCGCCGACGCCUGGGGGAGCUCUGCAUGCAUUUGGCCAACGGAUCACUGGCCGGCGGCCCGCAGUUCGGCCGCCUGUUAAGUUUGUCGGGCGAGCCCACGGCUGAAUGCACCCCGCGCUGGAACUCCCUGCGUUCGCGGCUACAGGAGCGAGAGCGGAAGAAGGCGCCGCCGGCGGAGACGCUGCCGGGCACCGAAGGGUGAAACUGAAGAAAA